AAAGCCUUUCCAAUCAAGAUGGCAGAUGAGAGAGAACAGAUGUUAAAACAGGAUGGAAAUGGAGUGGGUAUUGAACUACAAAUGAUCGAAAAUCGAAACGCUGCGGAUACUGACAGCGUUUUUGACUUUGUGAAGGAAAGCCCAGAAAAUAUACAAAAUGUAGAACAAUUGAAAACGCUUGUCAAGUCAGCUGAUGCAGAUGUGAAUUUCCAGGGCAAAGAUUUGAAAACAGCAUUGCAUUGGGCUGUCUGGAAAGGAGAAGCGGAUUUUGUCGAUGUGUUGCUCGAAGCUGGUGCUGAAAUCGAACAAGAUGUUGACGGAAAUACUGCACUACAUUAUGCAGUAGAGCGUGGGUCAUCACGAGACUUUGAUAUAUUCAAACGUCUUCUUCCACCACGGCAGAUACUUGAAAAAAAAUGUGGCCCCGGGCAGAAAUCUGUUAAGAGAAAGGGAAAUAUACCUUCUACAAUGACGGAAACUAAUUACUACAUAUAUAUGGCUACAUCAGUUAACAAAGAAGGCUUCAAUGUUUUAGACCUUGCAUUAGAGAAGAUAACAAGGGCUGAUACUAAGAAUAAAAUUAAUGAAGAGAGAAGGAAAAUAGUGAAGUAUAUAGUUCGGGAAACCGAUCUCUACUGCUUGCUGCGACUGCUUCGGAACAAUUCUAAAAGGAGUUUCAGUUCACCUUUUCGAGGACUUAUUGAGAAGAUGCCAGAGAUUGCAAAAGAUGUCAUGGAUAAAUGUAUAACAAGCAGAUGGAAUAAGAUAACUUUCCAUUACGAAAUCUUGGACGACACUUUUUUACUGAAAGACUGGCCACCGGACCAUGAUGAUUACUUGCUUACCUGGGAACACUGUCGGCUGAGAGAUAUUGCGACACGUGAAGAAUACACAAAUAGUAUAAAGAAGAUGAAAAACAAUCACCCUCUGAAGCUUAUGAUAAAAGGCAGAAGAACAGAAACAUCGAAUGAUGGAAUUUACCAACAACUGUUGGAUCACCCCCUUGUAAAAGCGCUAGUAAGGCGUAAAUGGAAUCAUAUUGGUGUAAAAUUCCAUGUUCUGAAUUUGGCUUUGUAUUUGAUCUAUCUGGCUGUUCUCACUCUGUGUGUGAGUACCACUGUUCCACCAUAUGUACAUUCUCAAAGUCCAAGUAAUCCAUUUACUUACCGGAACACUACUGCCUGCCAAAACGUCACAUUAUGCCAGAAAGAAACAUCAUGUCAAAACGGGAACGCGUGCCAAAACACAACUAUAUGCCAUGACACUACUACAUGCUUGAAUAAAAUCACUACAGAAGCUGCUGCUACCAAAAUGACAUGCCAUUCCUUUGAAAGUCACCGCAAGUCUAUGAUUGUAGAUCUGCAAUACUUUGUGAUAGCCUUAUCCCUCAUCAUGAUAUUAAAAGAGGUUUACCAGCUUGUAAAAACUUACCAACUUGAGUACUUCAAACAAGUAGAAAACUAUGUAGAAUUAGCUGUUUACAUAUCCUCUGUCUUGUUUGUUGUAAACGUAACAGAGUGCGAAGAUACUGACUACCGAACUAAAUGGCAAUGGAUAUUAGGCAUACUCUCUGUCUUCAUGGCAUGGAUUAAUUUGUUAGUAUUCGCAAAGAAGUUUGAUCGUCUCGGAAUCUAUGUAAUGAUGUUGGGGUCAAUUAUUAAAACGUUUCUUUUGAACGUGUUUCCUAUCGUCGCCGUCUUACUCAUUGCCUUUGCUUUAGCGUUCACAUGUGUGCAUCAAGAUCAGGUGAAAUUUGCAAAUCUUUGGCAUUCAAUACUGACGACAACGUCAUUUAUGAUAAGUGGAUUUGAUUACGAGGAAUUCCUGAGCUUGGUCAAUUACCAUGAUAUAGCUUUUGUCAGUUACAUAAUCUACAGUUUAUUUCAAUUUCUCAUGACGAUUGUAAUCAUAAAUCUGAUGGUUGGUGUAGCAGUGGAAAAUGUUCAGGAAAUACACAAAGAUGCAAGUGCUAUGAACACUGUUCUACAGAUUGAGUACACCUUGGAACUUGAAGGAAUGAUAUACUUUAUCAGUUCCAAACUGAGAAAUAUUUGCGACAUCGAAAAGUUCAGGAAAUGGGUUAUUUUCAAACCAAACGAAGAAAUCGAGCUCGCAAAACUUAAAUCGACAAUACUUCCAGUGCAACAGAUCGUGGAUCUUAUAGAUAAGUAUCUGGAACUGCAGGCAAAAAGUUCCAAAAAUGGUGGCGUUCCGAGAAAUUCAAGAUGGCGUCCAAGACGGCCGCCAUAA